AAAUGAAAUAUUUCUAAUGGUUGAGUGAGUUGAAUAUAACUCAAAUUUCGUUGCUUUGUUGCAAGCGAACUUUCAAAUGCCGCCGAAGAUGGUCGUUUCAUAUUCAACAACUCGCCUCCCUCUCAUCUCCACGGCUCGAAGCGAACUACUUUCAACCCGCCGCGGCUUCCAAACUGGACUCCUCAAACUGAGAACCGGAUUAAAUUUCCGGACUCUGUGUCUUAAACCCGAACCCUGGUCUAAGCGAAGUUAUUCGGUUAAGCGCAAUGUGGUUAACGAAGAAGAUAGUAUGGAGGAGACUUACAACUCUGUCGACGAUAAGCAGUUCGUCCGGUGGUUCCGGGAGGCUUGGCCUUACCUCUGGGCCCACCGUGGCGGCACUUUCGUUGUUAUUAUUUCCGGUGAAAUCGUCGCGUCUCCCUUUUUGGACGCCAUUUUAAAGGAUAUUGCGUUUUUGCAUCACCUAGGGAUCAGAUUUGUUAUUGUUCCGGGAACUCACGUGCAAAUUGACAAGCUUCUGACUGAAAGAGGGCAUGAACCAAAGUAUUAUGGUAGAUAUAGAAUAACAGACUCAGAAUCGCUAGCUGCCGCAACGGAAGCGGCAGGUGGGAUUCGUCUAAUGAUGGAGGCAAAACUUUCUCCUGGACCAUCCAUCUGUAAUAUUCGUCGACAUGGAGAUAGUAGUCGUUUGCACGAAGUUGGUGUCAGUGUUGCUAGCGGCAACUUCCUUGCAGCCAAGAGAAGAGGAGUAGUUGAAGGUGUUGAUUAUGGAGCAACAGGUGAAGUAAAGAAAGUAGAUGUUGCCCGUAUGCGUGAGAGGCUUGAUGGUGGUUGUAUAGUAAUAUUAAGCAACUUGGGUUAUUCUAGCUCUGGAGAAGUUUUGAAUUGCAACACAUAUGAAGUUGCUACUGCUUGUGCAUUAGCUAUUGGAGCAGACAAGCUUAUUUGCAUCAUAGAUGGUCCGAUCUUGGAUGAGAAUGGAUACCAUAUUAGUUUCUUGCCUGUUGAAGAAGCAGAUAUGUUAAUCCGUCAGCGCGCCGGGCAAAGCGAAAUAGCAGCUAAAUAUGUGAAAGCUUUUGCUGAAGAAGAUCUCACUUGCCUUGGACAUAAUGAUUUUAUUGCAGCUGCUAACUAUUCGCAGAAUAGGCAGACUCUUAAUGGUGCUCAUAAUCCAACCUUUCAGAAUGGUGUUGGUUUUGACAAUGGCAAUGGUUUAUCUGGAGAGCAGGGCUUUGCUAUUGGAGGUCAGGAGCGGCUAAGUCGACUAAAUGGUUACCUUUCAGAGUUGGCUGCUGCAGCUUUUGUCUGCAGAGGUGGUGUACAAAGAGUUCAUUUGUUAGAUGGCACUAUUGGUGGGGUCCUAUUAUUGGAACUAUUCAAACGAGACGGAAUGGGGACAAUGGUGGCCAGUGAUCUAUAUGAAGGGGCUAGAAUGGCUAAGGUAACAGAUCUCGCUGGCAUCAAGCAAAUCAUAAAACCUUUGGAAGAGUCUGGCACAUUGGUUCGCAGGACCGAGGAUGAGCUGCUUAAGGCCAUAGAUUCAUUCGCUGUUAUGGAAAGGGAAGGUCAAAUCAUUGCUUGUGCUGCUCUUUUUCCUUUCUUCAAGGAGAAGUGUGGAGAAGUUGCUUGCAUUGCAGUUUCUCCCGAGUGCCGAGGACAAGGACAGGGGGAUAAAUUGCUUGAUUAUAUUGAGAAGAAGGCGUCCUCACUCGGAUUGGGUAGGCUUUUCCUUCUGACAACUCGGACUGCUGAUUGGUUUGUAAGGCGUGGGUUUACGGAGUGUAGCAUCGACAUGAUACCAGAUGAAAGGAGGAAAAAGAUUAAUCUAUCUCGUAAAUCUAAGUAUUACGUGAAGAAAUUGGUAGCGGAUGGAAGUGGAAUUACUGCCGAUAGAGCAUUUAAAUGAAGCUUCCAACAGAUGCCAGCUGAGUGUACUAGUUCAUGUGGGCAACUCCUGCGGUUGCCACUUCAAGAUUAGACGCAUAACGUUUUCUUGAGGUGAUAGUUAUGGGCAGGUGGGGAACUCGAAAAAUGAGCUCCUUUAGCAGAAAGUGCUAACUAGGGCUGAACCUCAUCUAGUGUAAAUUAGAUAUUGCCUAGGUUUUUGUUACGAUUUCUAGUUGAUUAUCGCUAUUGCCAUAAGCCACUUAGUUUAUAGGCGAUUUGUAAUUAACAGUGCUUUUAGAAUAUGAUAAAUAAUAUAUUCUUUUUUUGGUUGAUUUCAA